UUAGAUGUGUUUGGUGUUAUUUCUCCUUUGUUUAUCAAAGUACCUAUUAUUGUGGAAAUCUGCAUACAUCUCAUCACUACAGCACUGGUAACAGAAGAUCAGACCCUAACAACGACAGGAUUUCCACAAUUCAAUGAUGGAUUUUUUUUCCUUCUCUCCAAGGCUCCUACUUCUCCCGUGCCUCCCACUACCAUGUCAGCGGCAGAUUGGCUCAUCGGGCUUCUGCAGUUUGGACGUUCGCUGCAGAGGUAUGUGGAGGAGUUUGAGUUAGCUUAUUUGACACUGGUCAGAUGCUCGUUUAAUUGCCCUGUUUCUGGACGGACUGGACGAGAGCACUAUCCGUUCUAAUGAACCUGACGAUUAUGUUUCCUUAAACGAUACUGUUAAUUUAAUCUUGUAUUUAAAUGACUCCAAAUUCGUUGUUGAAGAGGUUCAGGAUUAUAAGUGCAAAUCUCAUCCAGUUCUCCCGGGAACAUGGGCGGCCUGGCCAGUUUGUCAAGCUCCAUCUUUCUCUACAUGCCCCUCCUGUGAAUUGCUUUCCUGUACCACGCUGGACCCACACACCUUCUGGUUGUAUGAGGGGAUGGACUGGACCCCUCUUCAAGCCGCUCCAGUAGCUGCCCACGAGCCAGCACCUCCAGUCUCAGCAGCCGAGCCAGCCGCUCCAGCCGCGGCCUGUCCCGAGCCGGCCGCUCCCCAUAAUCCUCCUGUUUCCUCACCUGCACUCACUUCCCUCGUCAUCUCCCCAUCAUUACAUAUCAUCUGCACCUGGACUUCAUCACUCCCUUUAUAAUGGACUCACUCCCUUCACUCCUUGUCUGAUCUUAAUGUUAUGUUAGAUGUGUUUGGUGUUAUUCCUCUGUUUAUUAAAGAACCUAUUAUUGUGGCAAUCCGCAUAUGUCUCGUCACUGCAGCACCAGCACCGGUAACACAAUGGUCCACUUUAGACAUUUUAUUAACUAGAAGUAACUUUUCAACUACGUGUCGACCAACUCUCGUUAGAGUAUUAGUAGAUUGUAGACUGUUAAUAGUGUAAGGAUAGAGUUAGUAGAAUAAGCUGACAUGUAGUUGUAAAGUUACUUUCAACAAGAGGAUAAGUGACUAAAAUUAUCUUUUUUUUUUUUUUUUUUUUGGUGAACUGUCUUUAAGCUCUCAUGUGUUAAAACCACAGAUAAAUAAGGCAACUGAUGAAGAUUCACACCUUCAUAGAAUUUGACCACAGAAAAGGGAAGUUUAUAUCUUAUUCAAAUGUUCUGACAUGUUAAUUAUCUCCAGUGGAAAAAGAGAUGACGCCUAGACGAGCAGAAUCAUAAGCUGUAAAGAUCAUUGAGGAAUUGAAGAUGGUGCUUCUGUUCUCAUUUCUAAUACUAUCUCUCAAGAUAUGUGUUUCUUCUUGGUAUGCUGGUAAAUGUCUUUUCCACAGUGAUGCGGAGCUUCCUGUUAUUAAAACCUGUUCUGGAAAAACAAACACCGCCUUGUGCCGUAGUGUCGCUGACACUAAAGAAGACCUGCGUGAACUUCCAUCAAACUUACAGAACCUCUGCAUUCAAAUGGACCGAAACCACAGUGCCUUGGCUCCAGACUCAUUUGCACGUUUUGUUUCUCUGGAUUACCUUGACAUUACUGGAUGUUUUUCAGAGAUCCCACCAGAAGCUUUUAAUGGUUUGACAAAUGUAACUUCAUUAAGUUUAACUAGCUCAGGUUUAAAAGGCUGUUGUGAGGUAGCUCUUGAUUUCAGUCGCCUUCCCUCACUUAACAGAUUGUUUGUUUCAAAGUAUACAUUGUCAUUAUUGGCACCAAAUGUUUUUGAAAUGAUUCCUCACUUGCAAAAAUUAUUCUUAAACGAAGUGUGUUUGAAGGAUAUAUCUGAGGUUCUGUGUCGACUGGCAAAUGUAAAAUCACUGAAGGGGUUUCAUCUAAAUGAAGAGACAUUAAAUAGACUUCAGUACCCAAACUGCUCAGUUUUCAACACUUCUUAUGGUUACAUAUCUACUGUGUUAAACAUUGAAGAGGUAAUAUUGAAUAUAGGAAAAUUAGAGCAUGUAGAUGAGGGAGCGUUGAAAGUUUUGGGAAAUCUCUUUGAAUUUAGCUUUGGAUCUAAAGCAGACUUCCUCAAAGAUCUUUCAUUAAUUGGAGUACAUAAAAUCAAUCAUUUGGAUGUCUCAGUGGAUGUACUUAACAUUGUUGACUUGUGUACAGCAGCAAAGUUAUAUUCGACUGAGUCUUUUCAAGUUAUUUAUGAGACUGUUAACUUGCCAUUGACUCCUACUAAUAUCUCAGAUGGCUGUGAAGAAGUUAAGAAAAUUGAUCUCAUGAAAAUAUUAUUAUUACCUUUAAACCUCUUAGAUGUAUAUUCGUUUUUUCAGAUUUUCAGGAACCUCACUUUGGCUAAAAUAGCUAAUCAUGAGCUCAGACCAAAUGACUUCCAAUCUCUUUGUGCUUCAGAUCCACAGAUAGUGAAACAGCUUUCUGUUAUGUUUCUAAGCUCAAAUACGAUAGAUGAGAUAGUUUCAUACCAAUUUAUGUGUUUCACAGAUCUUGAAACUCUAGAUUUAUCCUUUAAUGACAUUUCUAAUAUAGAAGAUUUUGCUUUUAUUGGAUUGAACAAUUUGAAAGAGCUAUAUCUCUAUAGCAACAAGUUAUCUUACAUUUAUCAACACACAUUCAGUGGUUUAUAUGGACUAAUGGUCCUAGAUCUCCAUGAAAAUCCUAUUAUUCAUAUAGAAUCUAAUUCAUUUGGAGAUCUUAUUAACCUUAGCAUAUUUCUGCUGGGAGAUCUGAACUUCCCACCUGACAUGUCACCAAUCAAGCUGCAUUUAUCCGAUAUAUUUGGCAUAAUUCCAUAUAAUUUGAGUAAUAUUUUAAUUAGUUCAGGCCUGAGACCAAUGCAGCUUGUGAUUGGGAAUACUACACUGGAUCAGGCCCUAAACUUGCACAUCAAAGGUCAAUAUGUGACUAUUGAGGACUGCAACAGUUCACUCUUAACAUCAGUAGUCACACUUCAGAUAGAUGCAGCAUAUGUGAGCUGUGGAAAUGAAUUCAUUGGGAAAUAUGUUCGAUCAGUCGUCAGUCUGGAAUUUAACUCAGUGUUCUCAGAUGAUAUUGGAGACUUGUCUGUAAUCAAUCAGCUUGUUCAUUUAAAAACCUUAAAACUGGCAAACAUUGAAUUGACUAAGCAGCCAAACAUGGCCGUAAUGUUUCACAAUCUGACCAAACUCCAGACGCUGAUCCUGGCGAACUGCAGAUUCUUCUUUCUGGAUGGAAGUCUGACCAAAGAUUUAAAGGCACUGACAGGUCUAAUGCUCAUUCUAAAAGACAACGUCAAUGUUCUUCAAAACUUGGUGGAACAUCUUACUAGUUUGAAAUACCUCUAUCUUCAGGGCUUGGUUCUGUACUGCAGUUGUGAUAAUGCGUGGCUGCUCUCAUGGGUGAAGAACAACAGGAAGGUGCAGGUUGUCAUGUUCAAACCCACCAUGAAAGAACUGCAGUGUUUGAGUGACAGUGGAAUUGACCACCUCAACUUUAUUGGUUAUGCUAAGGAGAACUGCUCAUUUGAAAUCGAAUUUGUGUUCUUUGCCUCCACCUCUGCAUUUUUGUGUAUUUUUAUUAUUGUGGUACUGUCAUAUAAGUUUGCAGGCCAAUACAUUGCGCCUUUCUAUCACAUCGCCAGUGGAUGGUUCAGAGAGGCUUUGCGUGGAAACGGUAAACAUCAGUACCGCUACGAUGUUUUCGUGUCUUAUAGCGCUAAAGAUGAACACUGGGUCAUGGAGGAACUUCUUCCGAACUUAGAGAGACGCGGCCCUCCGUUUUUGCGUCUCUGUCUGCAUAGUCGGGACUUUCAGUUGGGAGAAGACAUUGUGGAAAACAUCACAGACAGCAUCUACGCGAGUCGCCAGACUCUUUGUCUCGUCAGUCGCAACUACCUCAGUAGCAACUGGUGUUCUUUGGAGAUGCAGCUGGCCACCUACAGGCUCCAGGUAGAACACAGGGACAUUCUUAUCCUGGUCUUCCUAGAAAUGAUUCCGUCUCGCUGGCUAUCCUCCCAUCAUAGACUGGCCCGGCUGGUAAAAACUAGAACCUAUCUAGACUGGCCACAGGACCCAGAGAUGCAUGAGGCAUUCUGGGACAGGUUAUGGUGUAAACUCAGCUCUAAUAAAGCCAACUAGACUUUGUUUCUGUACAUUGUAAAGAUGAUUAAACAAUUGCAAAGUGAGCAAAGUUCCACCGAAAGUUCAGUCAAUAUGACAACUAAUAGAAAAUUUUCUUUUUUCUUUUUUUCUCCCUCAACUGGCAAAUGGAUGAGAAAAGUGAACUUUAAAUAUAUUUAGCCUACAUGUAAUGUCCAUGUUGUAUUUACUUUUCUGUAUGCUCUGGUGUAACAACAAAUAUGAUUCACUGUGCAAACAUGACAAAAUAUGGCUGUAGCAAGAGUUAACUAUUUCAGCUUUAAAAAAUCAGCACACUUUAAACAUAUGUGAACUGAUGUUUGGAGUAACUACUGAAAUAUCCUUUUCUGAUAAAAAUCAACUGCAGACUAUUUCUGAACAUGUUCAGAUAUGAGCUGCUCUUAGUACUUUGUAUAAAGUAGUUUCAGUUCAUGUUUUAAGACGU